AUGAGCGAUGCCAGUGGAUCUCAGCCGGUCGAUCACGAUGAAGUGGUCGUGGAGCCUCGCUUCAAGUACGAGCGGAUUCUGAAGCAUGUGCAUCAGUAUCUGGAGGCGACGUCUGCUUCUUGUGUAGCCGUUCACGAGAAGUUCAUCGUGAUCGGCUUCAGUGAUGGGUUCUUGAGAAUCUUCGACCAUUUGGGAUAUGAACAUUUCGAGGCUAAGGAGAAGACUCACAAACACUCUGUCAGUCAAGUAGCCAUCGACACUCAAGGCAGCCAUGUCAUUAGUUGUGCCAACGACUCCACGGUCUGCAUCCGGGGUAUUGGCUCUUCUGAAACCAACGAAUUUCUGAAGCUUGUUCCAUCAGCCAAAAGUGUUGCUUUAAGUGAAGACUUCUCGAAGCGAGGGUCUGGACAGAGGUUUGUGGCAGGCACUCAGAUGUUGACAUUGUACGAAAAGGGAUUUCUCAAGAAAUACAAAAGUUUGGUGAGUUUUGGAAGAUGUUCAAUGGUAAAUAUUGUGUUAAAAACGUGUUAAUGAUUAAACAGAUAUUAUUAUUUGAUAGUAUGAUAUUGUUUCAGACCUUAUUCCAAGGGCUGGACAGAGAUGGAGUGAUAUCUUGUUGUUCAUGGAAAGGCGACUUCAUUGCCUUCACUAAUGAUACGGGUACGAGGAUAUACGACUGGUGAGUACUGUAGUAACUGAUGGAUACACUGUAGUAAUUGAUUUAAACAUUGGUUAGCAAAAAAGUCAUUUUAUUAGGUUUUGAGUAGAUAUACUUACAUAAUAUUGGCAAAGGUAUAUUUGUGUUUACAGUAACAUGCAGCGUGUGAUCUCUCUGAUACAACCGGCUCACUUCCAAGAGGCCUUCUUCUCUUCUCGUUUCGCACCUAGACAUUGCUGGAUUGAUACCUAUUCUCUGAUCAUUGCUUGGGGAAGUACGAUCACUAUAUGUAAAGUCACCUCUCAGUCAAGUGUAAGUUUUUUUAAUACUGUCACUUAAUGUUUGUAUAAUAAUGUUUUUAAGGUGAAUUCGGUUAAGAAAAUUGAUAUAGUACAAGAUGUUAUUCUAGGAAAAGACCGGUGUUUUGUUGAGGAGAGCGCAGAUGCAGUAUCUCUGGUCGAUUCCAGACUUUUACAUUUCUGGAGUCAGCUACACCACUAACGAGUCUUCUGAAGCCUCGGAACAGAAUUGGGAAGAGAUCGUGGUGUUUGGACUGUCAAUUGACACUGCCGAAGAGGGUGACGAUGAUAUGAUCGACGAUUCUGUGGUAUGUUGGCUGUACUUUAGUUAUUCAUACCUUAUUUUACUGUUCAUUUAAAAGUAUAUUGUUUUACAUCUUUUAAUUUCUGAUUUUAGUCAGUGAUAUCAGAUGUUUCCAAUAUGACAGCUCUGGCUACACUGGCUUAUAAGAAGACGAACGCCCAGUUGCUGCUUCUGAAGCCGGUGGACAUGAACCACUACACUGUGAUAGCAGAAGACACUCUGGACAUGAGGAGGUCUGACCUGAGAUGUCUGAACAAGUUUUCGUUGGUAGCACUACCUUCUGAUGCCACUUACUUCCUGAUGGGGUCAAAGGAGUUGAUUGAGGUAGGUUUCAAAGGUUAAGGUUAACUUGAUAUUGUUAUUGUCAGAAGCUAAUAAGGGAUGUUGAUGUUUAUAAAAGAAGUACUAUGUUUUAAUUAUAUUGUUGUAGGCUAGACCUUGUUCCAUCGAUGACAGAGUACGGUGGUUUAUGGAUAACGAGCUGUUCGAAGAUGCUCUGGAGUGUUCUCUGAAGAAUAAAGAGGCUUUACAAGAUAUAUCAGUGGUCGAUAUUGGCAGGAAACUGGUCGGUUCUCUGAUUGAACAAGGAAAGUUCACAGCGGCAGCCGAAGUGUUACCUCAGGUUAGUGCAGUGCUGUUUGUUAAAUUUAAAAGUUGGCAUAUUUAUAUAUAUUUACUUACAUAGGGGAGAGGGGGUUAUCUUAAAACAUUCAAACCGUGUUAACAUCGUAUAUACUUUGUUACUGAUAAUUGUCGAAGUUUAGGUAUGUGAUCGGGACAAGAUGGAGUGGGAAUACUACGUGAACGAGUUCGAGAAGUACGGUGAGAUUCUGAAGCUGGUAACUUACAUUCCAUUGGGGCAUCCCCAGUUAGAACCUGAAUGCUACGAGGCGGUACUAACUGCUGCUCUAUAUUCUCGUACCAAUUUGUUCCGGAGACUGGUCAUCGAAUGGAAUCCCGACAUUUACCGUGCCGCUUCAAUCAUCGACAAAGCCUUAAGGAGGAUGAAUACUGACAGUGGCACGGCCUCGUCUGAGGCAGUCACUAACAACAACGAUCUGGUCAACAUCUAUCAAGCCUUGGCCCAUCUCUUCGCUUACGUCCGCAACUUUGACCGAGCCUUGGUGAUCUAUCUGCUUCUGAAGGACAAGACAAUCUUCAGGGUCAUCGACAAAUACCAUCUCUUCCCCAUGGUAAAGGACAGGAUAGUGGAGUUGAUGGAUAUCAAUGCUGACUUGGCAAUCAGGUUACUCUUGGACAAUGAAGACUCGAUUCCAGUAAAGCAGGUGGUCACACAGCUCAGUAAACACCCGAAACUGCAGGUAUGAGUUUGAUUGUGAAAUGGUUAUGCUACCGUAUCUUACUUAACAUUGUUGUUCAAAAGUUGACGUCAUGUAUAAUAAUUAAGAGUAUUGUAAAUCUGAAAAACUUUUAGAUGGCGUACCUGAACCGGCUGUACUCUCGAGGGGAAGGUCAGGAGUAUCUGGAUCUCAUGGUGAGAUUGUUCGCUGAAUAUGACAGAUCAAAGUUGCUGCCAUUCCUUCGAGAAGCUGACAACUACAAGCUGGACCUGGCCUUGAACAUCUGUAGGCGCAAGAACUUUGUGAACGAGGCUGUCUAUUUGCUAGGGAGGAGUGGCAACCGGCUGGAGGCAUUGGAUCUUAUAAUGAAACACAACAAAGAGAUCGACACAGCCAUUACCUUCUGCUCGGAACACGAGGAUGACAUCGAGCUGUGGGAUCGGUUAAUCGACCUGUCGAUAACAAACCCAGCUCACUUGACCAAAUUGCUAUCGACAGCCGGUAUCUAUGUGGAUCCAUUGACCAUCAUCAAUAAGGUAUGACUACAUGUGGUUAUAAGUUACGUAUUAUAAUAUAAGGAUAUUUGUCUAAAUUUAUUCUACCAGUGAGUAGAAUUAUUGUACUUUAGGUGCCAUUGAAUAUUGAAAUACCUGGUCUGAGGGAUCAUUUGAUUAAGAUCCUGAAGGACUAUGAGCUGAAGGUCACGCUUCUCAGGGAUUCGUCUAAAAUAACAUCAGAAGACGUCUUCAACGCCUUUAAAAAGAAAGUACAACAGAACAUCAGCUGUAUACGAGUGUCAUCGGACAAGCGGUGUGAUAGCUGCAGGUAAAUGGUAUACUGUACUUUUAUUGUUAUGUGUGUAUAUAGACAUCUAUUUAAAUGUAACUUUCAGUGAGUUAAUUUGUCCGAUCAGUAGUCACGACGAUCUCCUGAUUCUACGCUGCCAUCACAUCGUACACGAGAAGUGCAUCUCUUCGGAGUACCAUUGCCCUGCCUGCGGCUCCAGCAGUACCAUGCCUUCCACGACGACGGCUCCAUUGAAGAAAAAGAAGCCGGCUUCAUACAAUCCAUUCGGGGACUUUUAG